UCCAGUUGUAGUUCGUGUUUCGCCGCGUGAGAAGAUUUUUUAAUUUUUUUGUAAGAAUAUCGCGCAUUCUUUUUAAAAAAUCAUCUCACCUCAAAACAAAUAUUCAAUAAAAUUGAAAAAAAAAAUAAGAACCGAGACGAAAAUAUCGAGCCAGUUGGAAGAAAUCAAAUUUUUUUUUUUUUUAAACCCUAAUUUUUUUUUAUUUAACUGAGAAAAAUCAAAGAUAGAGAAAAAAUAAAAAAUUAUAAAAAAUUGUUUCACAAUCAAAAUUUUGCUUUAAACAUUAAAAAUGGGGGUGGCAGAUGAUUUCGCCCCCAGUUUUAUUAAAAAACCACAGCUUCGGCAAGAAGAUGAUGGAAACCGUUUAAUAUUUGAAUGUCAAUUAUUAUCAUCACCGAAACCAGAUAUAGAAUGGUAUCGUAGUGAUAAUUUAGUUAAAGAAGACGAUAGAACUAAAAUUAAAAUUCAACCAAUUGGCGAUAAUAAAUUUACUGUAGUAUUAGAUUUAGAUGAUGUUGUCGAAGAAGAUGCUGGCCUUUAUAAGGUCAAAGCUAAAAAUCUUAUGGGAGAAGUAUCAGCGUCAAUUAAUUUAAAUUUUACCCAGGGAAAAUUUUCCGUUAUUCCUGAAGAGCAAAUUGAUGGAUUUGCUCCAACAUUUGCAAAGAAGCCUGCAAUCAGACAGGAAGAUGAUGGUAAAAGACUGUUGUUUGAAUGUCGUGUUAAUGCAGAUCCAAAGCCCACAGUUACGUGGUCAAAUAAUGGCGUUGUAGUUUCUGAAUCACCCAGACACAAGUUAAAGGUAGAAAAGGAUGGUAAAAAUUCGUAUUUUGCAUCACUACAAAUUGAAAAUGUCACAGUUGAGGAUGCUGGCAAAUAUAGAGUAAAUGCAAAAAACGAACUUGGCGAGAGUAAUGCUACUAUUAGUUUAAAUUUUGACAGCGACGAAGCACCUGUUCCAGUUGAUGGAAUAAAACCAACGUUUACUGAACGACCUGUGAUUCGACAAAGCGAAGAUGGUGGAAAUAUCACAUUUGAAUGCAGAUGUGUUGGCGAUCCGAAACCAACAGUCUCUUGGUUUCAUGGAAAAGAAGAAAUAAGAGAAGGAGGUCGCUACAAAAUGUCUUUAGAAAUUGAUCAAAAAAUAUAUCAUUUGGCUAGAUUAGAAAUAUCAAAUGUUGUUACUGGUGAUAAAGGUGAAUACAGAGCAAAAGCUAGAAAUAAGCACGGCGAAGGUGUCGCAACCAUAAAUGUUAAUUUCGAAGGUUCAUCUAACAAAAUUCCGGAUGGUCAAUCGCCACGUUUUCCAAAGAAACCUACUAUACAUCAAGAUGGUGAUAUACUGGUAAUGGAAUGUCUAUUGGAAGCGAAUCCCGUACCAGUUAUUACAUGGUACAGAGCAGAUCAAUUAAUAACAGAUUCAGAUCGUAUUAAAAUGUCACGUAAACAAACGUCUAAAGACAAAUUUUUGUUAACAUUAGAAAUAAAUGGGCCAACACAUGAUGAUGGGGGAAAUUAUCGUUGCAAUGCAUUAAACGAAUAUGGUGAAAGUAAUGCCAACAUUGCCCUUAAUUUCCAAGCACCCGAUGAAAGCAAUGGUUUUGCACCAUCAUUUACCGAAAAACCAAAAAUAAUUCCAAACGAAUCUGGUACAUUAAUUACGAUGAAAUGUAGAUGUAAGGCUAAACCCGAACCGACUGUAACCUGGUAUAGAGGACAAGAUGUUGUAGAAGAAUCAAAAAGAAUAAAAAUAAAAUCGACUUCAGUUGCUGAAGACUUAUAUGAACUAACAUUAGAAAUUAAAGACCCUGGUGCACCAGAUGGUGGUACCUAUAGGUGUCAUGUACAAAACGAAUUUGGUGAAUCAAAUGCAAAUCUUAAUCUUAAUAUUGAAGCUGAACCUGAACCAGAAGGCGAAGGUCCAACAUUUGUUGAAAAACCCAGAAUUGUAUCUGAGAAUAAUGGACAAUUAGUAAUUAUGGAAUGUAAAGUAAAAGCAGAUCCUAAACCUGAAAUAUUAUGGACGAGAAACGGUGAAGUUGUUAAAGAAACAAAUAAAAUUAAAAUGUCUAUUGAAGAGAGAGGUGAUAUUUAUUAUAUUAAAUUAGAAUUGACCGAUCCACAAUUGGAAGAUUCUGGAUUAUAUAAAUGUAAUAUAAAAAAUACUUUAGGUGAAUUAAAUGCAAACCUUACACUUAAUAUUGAAAUUGUUCCUGUAAUUAAAGAUAAGCCAAAAAUAAUUAAAAUAAUUAAGAAACGUACAGUUGUUAUUGAAUGUACGGUACAAUCUAAAUUUGAACCUGAAUGUACGUGGUUCAAAGAAGAAACAGCUAUUAAAGAAACAAAACGGCAUCAUGUGCAUAUUAAACAAAGUAAAGAUGGUGAAUUUAAUGUACAGUUAGAAAUAAAUGAAGUUGAAGAAAUUGAUAAGGGUGCCUAUAAAUUAACAGCUAGAAAUGAAAAAGGUGAAGCCGUUUCACAGACUGUACAUUUAACAGAUAUACCAGAAGAAGAAAAGAAACCCGGAAAGCCAGAAAUUAUUAGAAAAUUAGUCGAUCAAAAAAUUGAUAUUGAAAAAACUUUUGAAUUACUAGCUGCAUUAAAACAAUCAGAUAAAUCAUGUAAAAUAACUUGGUAUAAAGAUACAACGAUAGUUAAAGAAACAAAAGAUAUCACAACAACAUUUGAUGGUACAACAGCACGAUUAACGUUCAGUUCAUCAAAAGUUGAACAUAGCGGUACAUAUAAAGUUAUAUUCCAAAAUGAAGUUGGUAAAGAUGAAUCAUCAGCGAAGAUAAUUGUUGAAAAGAAGACCGAAAAACAGAAGAAAGAGGAGGAAGAAGAAAAGAAGAAACAAAAGCAAGAAGAGGCUGAAAAAAGAAAGGCCGAAGAAGAAGAAGAGAAAAAGCAAGAAGCAGAAACAAAACAGGUCGAAGAAAAAAAGAAAGAAGAAGAAAAGAAGAAGGUCGAAGAAAAAAAGAAAGAAGAAGAAAAGAAAAAGGUUGAAGAGAAAAAGAAAGAAGAAGAAAAGAAAAAGGUUGAAGAGCAAAAGAAAGAAGAAGAAAAGAAAAAAGUUGAAGAACAAAAGAAAGAAGAAGAAAAGAAAAAAGUGGAAGAAAAGAAAAAGGUUGAAGAACAAAAGAAAGAAGAAGAAAAGAAAAAGAAAGAAGAACAAAAGAAAGAAGAAGAAAAGAAAAAAGUUGAAGAACAAAAGAAAGAAGAAGAAAAGAAGAAAGUUGAAGAACAGAAAAAAGAAGAGGAAAAGAAAAAAGUUGAAGAACAAAAGAAAGUAGAAGAAAAGAAAAAGGUUGAAGAACAAAAGAAAGAGGAAGAAAAGAAAAAGGUAGAAGAAAAGAAAAAGGUUGAAGAACAAAAGAAAGAAGAAGAAAAGAAAAAAGUAGAAGAAAAGAAAAAGGUUGAAGAACAAAAGAAAGAAGAAGAAAAGAAAAAAGUAGAAGAAAAGAAAAAGAUUGAAGAACAAAAGAAAGAAGAAGAAAAGAAGAAAUUAGAAAAGAAGCCAGCUGAUAAAAAGGGGGUAGAGGGACCCAAAGAGGACAAACAAGAAAAACCUGUUGAAAAUGGAACCAUUGAAGAACCAAAGAAAUUACUAAAGGAUGAACCAGAUCUUAAGAAAGUUGAUCGCAAGGGCUCGAAAACGCCCAGCGAAAUUGAAUCAGAACCUGCACCAGAUGAGGAAGUAACAGCAAUUAAGGAACAAAGUAAAAUAGAAGCACAACGCAAACAAUCGGUAACGCAAUUACAAGUCGUCGAAGAAAAAACUAGUGUAUCGCGGAAAUCCUCAGUAAUUGCUAGUCAAAUAAGUGAAGCAACUACACAAAUAGUUGAACAACAAACUGUUGCUUCAGUUACAACAGAAAUGAAAGGCGUUGCUGCCUUACGUAAACAAUCAAUUGUUGUCGAAAAGCAACAAGAUAGAAAAUUAAGCAUUGAACAAAUUAGAAAAACUUCUCUUAAGGUUGAAGGAAGCGAUUCAAGACGAUCAUCUAUUUUGGAUAAACAAGCAAUGAAGCCUGGUGAAAUAGAAAAUAAGAAAUUAAGUGCAAAUAAAGCACCAUUAGAAAUUAAAGAAGAAAUUCCAAAAUUAAAAUCAGCUGAAGGACGUAGAAUAAUCCCGAAGAAGGAAGAAGAAAAAGCAGCUGAAGCUUUACCAAAAUUACGUAAAACUUCUGCACCAGAAGAAAAGAAAGAAGAACCAAAAGAAGAGAAAAAGAAAGUCGUUAAAAAGAAGGUUGCUAAGAAGAAGGAAUAUGAAGAAUUACCAGAAAUACCAGAUUAUGAAAGACCGCAACUUGAAAAAUUCGAAAAACCACAAUUUGCUGCAAGUGAUUUCAGCCGUGACUUAGGCAUUCCAUCUAAAAUGGAAAAACCUGUAAUUGAAGAACCUAAAAAAGAAAAAGAAGUUAUCGAAGCUCCAAAACCAGCCCCAAAGAAAGAAGCUCCAACUCCACCACAAGAAGAAGCACCAAAAGGUUUGGUAAUUGGUAAAGGAAAGAAACCUGAAGAUGAUAAGAAAAAGGAAAAUGUUGAUCUUAAACCUGUUAUUAUUGAACCAGAGCUUAAACAAGUGGAAGAAUCUAUAAAACCAAUUGCCAAAAAUUUACAAAAACCAUCUAAAUCUGAAAUUAAUUAUAAUAAAGUUGAUGAUGAAAGAAAUAAGAACCUCCUACCAAUUGAUAUUGUAAAACAACAAAAACAACAGCCACCAGAAUCACAAAUAGCACAAUCAAUAACAAAACCAAAAGAACAAAUGAAACAAAGGCGUUCUUCAUCAUUUUUAUUUAAUAUACCACAGGUAGCUAAUGAAAAUUUCUUAAAAAUUCAAUUAAAACCAGUUGAAAAGAAAAUUAAGGAACAACCUAAACCACAAAAGGCUGAAAUAAUGUUAAAGGAAACUAUUGAAAAAGUUGAAUUAAUUGAUCCUGGCUCAAAACAUCCUAAAUUAACACAAGUUUCUAAAUUCACUGCUCUACCAGCAAUUCCUGAUAAUGGACCAUUAAAAUUAGAAAAACCACGAAAGUUUUCAUUUCCUAAAACACCAAAAGAUUACGAACGUCCUAAAUUAGAAAAAUAUACAAAACCUGAAUUUGAAAAACCGGAUAAAAUUAAGGAGGAUAAACCAAAGAUACCAGUUAUUAAAGGCCCACCAAUAUUGGAAACACCUAAAAUUGAAGUUAUUAGAGAACGUAAACCAUCACUGGAACCUGGAUCAGGACCACCGUCACGUCGAGGCUCAUUAAUACCACCAGCUGAUACUGGAAGAAGACCAAGUUUAAUAAUCAAUGACGAGACUAAACGUAAACUUCGUCCUGGUGAAGUACCUGAUGAUAAAAAGUUGUUGAGACCAGGUGAAUUACCAGAUGGACAGAAAAAAGGACCACGUCCCGGCGAACUGGAUCCCGCAAAACAGAAGAGGCGACCAUCAAUGGAUGUUCGACGUCCAAGUAUACAAGAUUUAGAAGGUUUAAUUGAUAAACCUUCAACUCCAUUAAAAGAUAUUGGAGAGGGUGGCCCACCAGCUAUUGUUGAUGUUCAAGAGUCUUAUUCAGCUGUUGAAGACUCAACGGCCUAUAUUACCGUCAAUGUGGAAGGUAACCCAGCGCCCACCUUUAAAUUUUAUAAAGGUGUUACCGAAAUCAUUGAAGGUGGUCGUUAUAAGUUUAUUACCGAUGGCGAAACAAAUUCAAUUACCUUAUGUAUACGUAAAUCAAAGCCAAAUGAUGAGGGCAAAUAUAAAAUUGUUGUUAAUAAUAUACAUGGCGAAGAUUCAGCUGAAAUGCAAUUAUUCGUAUCCGAUUCAAGUGGUAUGGAUUUUCGUGCAAUGUUGAAAAAACGUCGUUACGCCAAAUGGGAUAAAGACCAGAAUGAUCCAAAUUGGGGUGAUUUAAAAGAAACUGAAAAACCAGUUCCAACAUUGAAAAAAGUUGAAAAGAAACAAGAAUCAUUCCUACGACCACUGAUCGAUCAGUUUGCAAAGGAAGGCAAAGACAAGAAGGUUACAUUUGAAUGUGGUUUCAGUAAACCAAAUUGUAAGCCGAAAUGGUUAUUUAGAAAAGACGAAUUAUUUACUGGCAGUAAAUAUAAAUUUAAGAAUGAAGCUGACACAUAUCAAUUAAUUAUAUUUAAUCCAAAAGUUGAGGAUAGUGGCAAGUAUACUAUUGAAAUAGGCGGUAUAUCAUGUACAGCAUUCUUAAAUGUUGAAGAAGCUGAUCCAUCCUAUACAUUUACAAAACCAUUAAAGAAAAAAUAUGAUGGUUUUACAAAACAUGAAUUGACAUUAGAAUGUUCUGUUAGUAGUUCAAUGGCAAUUGUUGAAUGGUAUAAAGAUGAAACUAAAUUGGAUGGAGGAGAUAAAUAUUUGAUUGGAAAAGAUUUAUCUGGGGGUCUAAAACUAGUCAUCAAAGAUUGUGUAUUCGAAGAUGCUGGUAAAUACUCUUGUCGUAUUACUAGACAACCGGAUAAAACUGAAACGGCUGUUAAAAUAACUGAAUAUCCAUACAAGUUUGUUAAAGUACUUAAAUCACAACAAUUAAUUGAAAAAGAUAGUGUAACAAUGGCAUGUGAAAUUGAUGAUGCUGCCGGUGAUGUACAAUGGUUUAAAGGUGAUGAAGAAAUUAAACCAGACAAACGUGUCAAAAUUGUUAAAGAGGGUCGUAAAUGUAAAUUAGUUAUUAAUGAUGCUAAGGUAACUGAUGCUGGGUUAUAUCGUUGCACAACAAAUGCUGAUAAAACUGAAGCAGAACUUGUUGUCAAUUAUCAAAAUCGUUUCAACAAGAAACUUAAAGAUACCGUCGGAGUUGAACGUGAAAAACUUGUGUUGGAUGUUGAGCUGCAAGAUCAAACAGCACCAUGUGAAUGGAAAUUCAAUGGUGAACCUAUUGUUCCAAGUGACCGUGUCGAGAUUAAGAAUCUUGGUGGUGGUAAACACCAACUUGUCUUCCAUAAUCUCGAAAUGGCUGAUGAUGGUGAAAUAACAUGCGAAUCAGGCAAUUUAAGCUCUUCUUGCAAACUUACCGUCAAUAAAGGGGAAAGUGCACCUAAAAUGGAUUGUCCAAAUGAAUUUUCUGGACCAAUUAGUGCCCCUGUUAUUAUUGAAGUUCCAUUCGAAGUUUCUGGUACAAAACAAACGCCAGUUGAAGCUAAACUUAUUAAGGAUGGUAAACCACUACCAGUUAAAGAUGUCGAAGUAGCUGUUACUGGUGGUGAAGAUGGAAAACCUGGAAAAGUCACAUUUAAAAUUAAGAAACCUACACGUGAUCAAUCUGGACCAUAUCAAAUUAAAUUGUCAAAUGGUCAAGGUGAAGAUGUUAAAGAUGUUACAAUUACAAUGCAAGAUGUUCCACAGCCGCCUCAAGAAAUUGAUGUUGUUGAUGUUUAUCAAACAUCAUGUGUUGUCAAAUUCAAACCUCCAACCGAUGAUGGUGGAUCUCCAAUACAGAAAUAUGUUAUUGAACGUCAAGAUUUAAGCAAAAAAGCACAAUGGGAACCUGUUGCCGAGGUAGCAGCUGGCGAGCCAUUAAGCAAGAAAAUUGAUGAUCUUACUCCUAAAAAACAAUAUAAAUUCCGAAUUCGUGCCGUUAAUAAACUUGGACCAGGCGAGCCUAACACAUUCAAAAAUACAAUAUUAGCUAAAGAUCCAUGGGAUGAAGCUAGUAAACCUAAAAAUGUUGAAGUUACUGAUUGGGACAAGGACCAUGCAGAUUUGAAAUGGGAAAAACCAGAUAACGAUGGCGGUGCACCAAUUGAAGGUUAUCUUAUUGAAUAUAAAGACAAAUUUAGUAAUGAAUGGGUUAAAGCUAAAGAAGUACCAGCUGAUUGUUUGGCAACAACAGUUGAUGGAUUAACUGAAGGACAGCAAUACGAAUUUCGUGUUAAGGCAAUUAAUAAAGCUGGCCCUGGUGAACCAAGUGACGCAACUAAACCAAUUAUUGCAAAAUGUAGAUUUGUUAAGCCAUUCAUUGUUGGUGAUGAACUUAAAGAUAUUACAGUUAAAAAAGGACAAACUAUACGAUUUGACAUUAAGUAUGAUGGUGAACCAGAACCUACAGCAAAAUGGAUGUUUAAAGAUAAAGAACUGAAUAUUGAUGGUACGCGUAUAACAUUAGAUCAAUAUGAAAGAAAUUCAUCUAUUACAAUCCGAAAAGCUGUACGUUCUGAUACCGGACCUUAUAAAAUUGUUUUAAAUAAUAGCUCCGGUACAAUUGAAUCUAAGGCUAAUGUUAUUGUAUUAGACAGGCCUACAGCACCACGUGGUCCAUUAGAACCAGAAGAGGUGCGUGCUGAUCAUGUCAAAGUUAAGUGGAAGAAACCAGAAGAUACUGGUGGUUCACCCAUCACUGGUUACGUAUUAGAAAAAAUGGAUGAAGAAACUGGUAGGUGGAUACCAGCUGGUGAAGUUGGACCAGAUGAAGAUUCAUUUAAUUUCAAAGGCCUUACACCAGGAAAGAAAUAUAAAUUCCGCGUUAAAGCUGUCAAUAAAGAAGGUGAAUCAGAACCGUUAGAGACGACUGAUCCAAUAUUGUGUAAAAAUCCCUAUGAUGAACCAAAAGCACCCGGUAAACCUAUUAUUGAUGAUUACGAUAACAAGAGUGUAACAUUGAAAUGGGAGAGACCUGAAAGUGACGGCGGUCGUCCAAUCACACAUUAUACAAUUGAAAUGAAAGACAAAUUUUCACCGGAUUGGGUUGAAGUUGUUAAAACUGAAGGACCAGAAUGUACCGCUGUUGUUCCAGAUUUAAAAGAGAAACAAAUAUAUCAAUUUAGAGUUAAAGCACAUAAUAAGGCUGGCGCCUCACCACCAUCAGAACCAACUGAACCGCAUUUAUGCAAGCACAAAAAUCUUAAACCACAAAUUGAUCGCUCGACAUUCAAGCGGGUCACAAUCAAGACUGGACGCACUCACAAAUGGUCAGUUGAUGUAAGUGGUGAACCACCACCAACUUUAUCAUGGAGUUGGAAAGAUGAUAUACCGCUUACUACAACUGAUAGAAUUAAAAUUGAAAAUAUCGAUUACCAUACUGAUUUUACAAUAGCAAAGGUUAAACGUGCCGAUACUGGGAAGUAUACACUAAAAGCAGAAAAUCGUAAUGGUGUCGAUAAAGAAACUAUUGAGCUUAUCGUCUUGGCUAAACCAAGCGCACCAAAAGGUCCAUUAGAUGUGUCCGAUGUUACCGCACAAUCAUGUAAAUUAAAAUGGAAAAAACCAGAUGAUGAUGGCGGUGUACCAAUCAAAGAGUAUCAAAUUGAAAAGAUGGACACAGCUACUGGUAAAUGGGUGCGUGUUGGUAAAUUGCCCGGCGAUAAAGAACCACCAGAAUUUGAUGUGACUGGUUUGAAUCCUGGUUCUGAAUAUAAAUUCAGAGUGACCGCUGUUAACGAUGAGGGCGAAUCAGAACCAUUAGAAACGCUAGUUGGUGUAGUUGCAAAGGAUCCAUUCGAUGAACCGUUAAAACCAGGUACACCAGAAAUCGUCGAUUACAAUAAUCACAGUGUUGAUUUAAAAUGGGACCCACCAAAAUCUGAUGGAGGUGCUGCAAUUGAAAAGUAUAUUAUUGAAAAGAAAGAUCGCUAUAAACCAGAUUGGGAGAAAGCAGGUGAAGUACCUGGUAGCAUAACUGAGGCCAAAGUUGAUGAUCUUAAAGAAUAUGGAGAAUAUCAAUUCCGUAUUAUUGCUGUUAAUAAAGCAGGGUUAUCACCACCUUCUGAUCCUAGCAAAGUACAAGUUAUUAAACAUAAAGCAUUAAAACCAAGAAUUGAUCGUACACAUUUGAAACCAAUCAUUAUACGUGCUGGACAAUUAAUUAAAUAUGAUAUUGAUGUGCGUGGUGAACCGCCACCAACAAUUACAUGGCUAAUUAAGGAAAUAAAAUCUGAUAUAGAUAAAGAAAUUAAACCUGAUGAAAAUGUCGAAAUUAAAAAUUCUGAUUAUAAUACAAAAUUAUCAAUUGUUGAUGCACAACGUAAACAUACCGGUUUAUAUAAAAUUAAAGCUGUUAAUGAACAUGGUGAAGAUGAAGCAGAUGUUGAAGUAUCUGUUUUAGCUGCCCCAGGUAAACCAAAAGGACCGUUGAAAGUUAAAGAUGUUACAAAAAGUGGAUGCAAAUUACAAUGGGAGAAACCUGAGGAUGAUGGUGGUAAACCAAUUACAGCAUAUCAAAUUGAGAAGUUUGAUAAAGAUACCGGAAGAUGGGUACCAGCUGGACGUGUAUCAGGUAAUGAUACAGAAUUUGAUGUAAAAGGAUUACAAGAGGGUCAUGAAUAUCAAUUCCGCGUAAAAGCAAUUAAUGAAGAAGGUGAAUCAGAGCCAUUAGUUACUGAUCAUUCUAUUAUUGCUAAGAAUCCAUAUGAUCUUGCUGGUAAACCUGGUAAACCUAAAAUUGAAGAUUGGAAUGAAAAUAUGGUUGACUUAAAAUGGGAUCCUCCAAAAAGCGAUGGUGGAGCACCAAUUGUCGGUUAUGUCAUUGAAAAGAAAGAAAAAUUCUCACCAACAUGGGAAGAAAUUCUUACAACAGAAGGACCUGCACCACAUGCGAAAGUUGAGGGCUUAAAAGAAGGUAAUACGUAUCAAUUUCGUGUAAGAGCCAUAAAUAAAGCUGGAAACAGUGAUCCGAGUGAUGCAACUGAACCUCAUGUCGCUAAGGCCAGAAACUUAAAACCAACAAUCAAUCGUGAGAAAAUGAAACCAAUCAAAGUACGUUCUGGACAACAAGUUAAGUUUGAUGUUGACGUUAAAGGUGAACCACCACCAACAUUAACUUGGAGCUUUAAAGGAAAAGAUCUUGAACCAACUGGUUUAUGUCGUAUCGAAAAUGAAGAUUAUAAUACCAAACUAACAUUACUGGAUAAUGAACGUAAAAAUACUGGUGAAUAUAAACUACGUGCUGAAAAUAUUAAUGGCGUAGAUGAAGCAACCGUCGAAGUUAUCAUAUUAGACAAACCAGCAAAACCAGAAGGACCAUUAGAAGUAUCAGAUGUACAUGCUGAAGGUUGUAAACUAAAAUGGAAAAAACCAAAAGAUGACGGUGGUCUACCAUUAACUGGUUAUGUUAUUGAAAAAAUGGAUGUUGCUACUGGAAGAUGGGUGCCAGCUGGACGUGUUGAUCCAGAAAAAGAAGAACAAGAAGUUAAAGGUUUAGAUCCAAAUCAUAGAUAUCAGUUCCGUGUCAAAGCUGUUAAUGAAGAAGGUGAAUCAGAUCCAUUGGAAACUGAUUCAUCAGUUUUAGCUAAAAAUCCAUAUGAUGUAUCGGCACCGCCUGGCUUACCUGAAAUUGAAGAUUACGAUGAAAAUCAUGUUAAACUAAAAUGGGAAGCUCCAAUUCGUGAUGGUGGAGCACCAAUUACUGGCUAUAUAAUUGAAGUUAUGGACAAGGAUUCUGGUCAGUUUAUCAAAGCUGUUGAAACUAAAGGCCCAUCCACAAAAGGUACUGUACCAAAAUUGGAAGAAGGGCAGCAAUAUAAAUUCCGUGUACGUGCGGUUAAUAAAGCUGGGCCAUCAGAAGCAUCAGAGCCUACUAACUGGCACACAGCUAAGCCAAGAUUCUUAAAACCACACAUUGAUAGAAAGAAUUUAAAUCCUUUGAAUGUAAAAGCUGGUCUAUCUGUAAGCCUUGAUAUUAAUAUUAAGGGUGAACCAGCACCAUCUGUCGAGUGGUUCUUUAAUGAUCAACCACUUACAAGUGAUGAUAACUUGAAAAUUGAUAAUGUCGAUUAUAACACCAAAUUCUUUAUAAUGAAAACCAAACGUCCAAUGUCAGGAAAAUAUACAAUUGUUGCCAAGAAUGAAGUUGGAGAAGAUAAAGCUGAUUUGGAUAUUACCGUACUGGGUAAACCAGGUAAACCAAAGGGACCAUUAGAUGUAAGUGAUGUUCAUAAACAUGGCUGUAAAUUGAAAUGGAAAAAACCAGAUGACGAUGGUGGCUGUCCAAUCGAUUAUUAUGAAAUUGAAAAACUUGAUCCUCACACUGGACAAUGGGUACCGUGUGGUAAAAGCACAGAACCAGAAGCUAAUAUUACCGGUUUACAAGAAGGAAAGCCAUAUAAAUUCCGUGUUAGAGCCGUUAAUAAAGAAGGAGAAUCAGAAGACUUAGAAACAGAAAAAUCAAUUAUCGCUAAAAAUCCAUUUGAUGAGCCUGGCAAACCGGGCAGACCUGAGCCAACAAAUUGGGACAAAGAUUUCGUUGAUUUGUCAUGGUCCGCACCAAAAGAUGAUGGCGGUGCACCUAUACAAAAAUAUAUUAUACAAAUGCGUGACAAGUCUGGACGUCAAUGGGUAGACGCAGGAACCGUUCCUGGUGAUAAAACAUCAGGUACCGUAACAAAUGUCGAAGAAAAUCAUGAAUAUGAAUUUAGAAUAGUGGCCGUAAAUAAAGCUGGUCCUAGUGAGCCAAGUGAUCCAUCUAAAUCUGUUGUCGCUAAGCCAAGAUUUUUGGCUCCAAGAAUUGAUCGUAAAAACUUGCAAAAGAAAGUUAUCAGAAGCGGAAAUCUAUUACGUAUGGAAGCUGAUGUUAAAGGUGAACCUCCACCAAAAAUAACAUGGACCUACAACAAUGAAGAAUUACGUACUGGUGAUCGUUUACGUAUCGAAAAUGAAGACUAUAAAACAACAUUCACUUUACAAAAGGUUAAAAGAAGCGAUCGUGGUAUUUAUACUGUUACUGCUAAAAAUGAUUCAGGUACCGAUCAAGUCGAAGUUGAACUAGAAGUAUUGAGUAAACCAAGUAAACCAAAGGGUCCGCUGAAGGUAUCUGAUGUUACAGCGGAAACAAUGAAAUUAAAAUGGGAAAAACCAGAGGAUGAUGGAGGUGAGCCAGUUGAUCAUUACGUUGUUGAACGUAUGGAUACAGAAACAGGCAGAUGGGUACCAGUGUGUACAUCAAAAACACCAGAAGCUGAAGUUACUGGUUUAACAGAAGGUAAAGAUUAUCACUUUAGAGUGAAAGCCGUUAACGCUGAAGGUGAAUCAGAACCCUUACAAACUGAUCAUUCGACUACUGCCAAAAAUCCAUAUGAUCCUCCAUCAGAGCCUGGUAAACCAGAACUUAAGGACUGGUCACGAAAUCAUGCUGAUUUGAAAUGGACUCCACCAGAAAAUGACGGUGGUGAACCUGUCACAGGUUACAUAAUCGAAAAAAAAGAUAACUUGACAAACAAAUGGCAAAAGGUUAUGGAGACUAAAUCACCAAAAUGCGAAGCACGUGUCAACGAUUUAAUUGAAGGACAGAAAUACCAAUUCCGUGUUAAGGCUGUAAAUAAAGCUGGACCAGGUAAACCAUCCGAAGCUUCUGACACAAUGCUAGCUAAAGACAGAUUUGCCGCACCUAAGAUUGACAGAACUAAUUUGAAAGAUAUCACAAUCAAAGCGGGUCAAAUAAUACGUUUAGAUGUAAAAGUUACUGGUGAACCCCCACCAAAGAAAACAUGGUAUCAUGCUAAACAACAAAUUGAACCAAAAGGAGAUAUUUCACUUGAUGUUGAACCAUACAAAAUUAAAUUAACAAUUCCUAAUGCACAAAGAGCUAAUACUGGAAGAUAUACUUUGAAAGCAGAAAAUGAUUCUGGUAUCGAUGAAGCGUCAAUUGAAAUUACUAUAUUAGAUAAACCAGGUAAACCAGAAGGACCACUGAAAAUCAAAGAUAUUCAUAAAGAAGGCUGUAAACUUGAUUGGCAACCACCAAAAGAUGAUGGUGGUGCACCGAUUGAUCAUUAUAUUGUUGAAAAAAUGGAUGUUGAAAGUGGACGUUGGUUGCCUGCUGGUAAAUCACGUGAACCACAUUGCGAAAUUAAUAAUUUAGUACCUGGACAAGAAUAUAAAUUCCGUGUUAUUGCUGUUAAUGCUGAAGGUGAAUCGGAACCUUUAGAAGCUGACAAAUCAAUUAUUGCUAAAAAUCCAUUUGAUGAACCUGGCAAGCCAAGCAAACCAGAAGUAACCGAUUGGGAUAAAGAUCGUGUUGAUUUGAAAUGGAAACCACCAAUCGAUGAUGGAGGUUCUCCAGUUACUGCAUAUGCCGUUGAAAAACGUGAAAAGGGUACUGGUAAAUGGGUGAAAGCCUUAGAGGUUUCAGCUCCACCAGCCGGACAAGAUUGCAAAGCUACUGUACCAGAUUUAGAUGAAGGCGUUGAAUAUGAAUUCCGUAUUAAAGCCAUUAAUGAAGCUGGUCCUGGGGAGCCAAGUGACCCAAGUAAUGGUGUUAUUACUAAACCAAGAAAACUUGCACCUAAAAUUGAUAGACGCAAUAUUAGAACAUAUAAUAUUAAGGAAGGUGAACCAUUAUUCUUAGAUAUUAAAGUAACAGGAGAACCAGCUCCAGAUAUUACAUGGAGUCAUAAUAGUAAAUCCAUGCCUGAAGCAUGCCGCAUUACAAAUGUACCUUACAACACAAAAUUGCAUAAUGAUCAUCCUGAACGUAAACAUACUGGAACAUAUAAGAUAGUUGCUCAUAAUCAAUAUGGCACAGACACAGCAGAAUUCGAAGUAAAUGUCAUUUGCAAACCAGGAAAACCUGAAGGACCUUUGGAAGUUUCAGAUAUUCACAAAGAAGGAUGUAAACUAAAAUGGAAGAAACCAAAGGACGAUGGCGGUGAACCAAUUGAAGGAUAUGUGGUUGAAAAAUUCGAUCCAGAUACAGGUAUUUGGUUACCUGUAGGCAAAAGUGAUGUGCCAGAGAUGGAAGUUGAUGGUUUGACACCUGGUCAUGAAUAUAAAUUCAGAGUGAAGGCUGUUAAUAAGGAAGGAGAAUCGGAACCGUUAGAAACAAUUGGUUCAAUCAUUGCUAAAGAUCCAUUUACUGUUGCAUCUAAACCAGGUGCCCCUGAGCCUAAUGAUUGGUCCGCAAGUCAUGUAGAGUUGAUUUGGGCUGAGCCUGCUUCAGAUGGUGGAAGUCCAAUUACUGGUUAUAUUAUUGAAAAGAAAGAUAAAUACAGUCCAAUGUGGGAGAAAGCUUUAGAAACAACUUCUCCACAACCAAUUGCAACCGUCAGCGGUUUAAUUGAGGGCAACGAGUAUCAAUUCCGCGUAAUUGCGGUUAACAAAGCUGGACCAUCUGAACCAUCCGAUGCAAGUAAAACAUUUACUGCCAAACCAAGGUUUUUGGCCCCGAAAAUUGAACGUAGAAACUUACAUGAUGUUACAAUAUCAGCUGGUAAUCCAAUCAAAUUAGAUGCAAAUAUUAUUGGCGAGCCAGCACCAAAGGUAGAUUGGAAAUAUUGUGGUAUGCCGUUGCACUCUGGUGACGCUGUAACAAUUGAAUCCCCAGAUUAUUAUACUAAAUUGGUAAUAAGACCAGCAAAACGUGGUGACUCUGGACAAUAUACUGUAACUGCAAAGAAUAGUAGUGGAACUGAUACAGUAACAGUUAAUGUAACGGUUACUGACAAGCCAACUGCUCCAGAAGGACCAUUACAAAUCUCUGAUGUUCAUAAGGAAGGUUGUCACCUUAAAUGGAAAAGACCAAAAGACGAUGGUGGUACUCCAAUUGAAUAUUAUCAAAUUGAUAAAAUGGAUCCGGAAACUGGUUGUUGGGUGCCAUGUGCACGUUCAACCGAACCUCAAGCAGAUGUGACAGGCUUAACACCCGGCGGUGAAUAUAAAUUUAGAGUAUCAGCUGUUAAUGCUGAAGGUGAAUCAGUUCCAUUAGUGGCUGACGAAUCUAUUAUUGCUAAGAAUCCAUUUGACGAACCUGGAAAACCAACCGAUCUCAGAGCAACUGAUUGGGAUAAGGAUCAUGUUGAUCUUGCAUGGGUUCCACCAGCAUUUGAUGGCGGCUCUCCAAUAACUGGAUAUAUUGUCGAAAAGAAAGAUAAAUUUGGUAUAUGGGAAAAAGCUGUUGAAGUUCCAGCUGAUCAAAGCAAAGCGACAGUACCUGAUCUCAUUGAAGGACAAGCUUACGAGUUCCGUGUAUUGGCGGUUAAUCAAGCUGGACCUGGUGAGCCAAGUAAUUCAAUUGGACCAAUAAUUGCCAAACCAAGAAAUCUACCACCUUUGAUUGAUAGAACUAAUUUGGUUGAAGUUCGUAUUAAAGCUGGCCAAAACUUUGUAUUUGAUUGCAAAGUUUCUGGAGAACCAGCUCCAACUACUAAAUGGAUCUUAAAUAAGAAAGAAGUAACUUCUAAGGGCAAUACUAAAGUAACACAUGUUGAUUACAAUACUAAAUUAUCAGUAAGAAGUGCUACAAGAGAAGACGCUGGGGUUUACACUGUAACAGCAGAAAACGUUAAUGGCGAAGAUAAGGCUGAAGUCAAAGUUAUAGUAUUGGACAGACCAUUGCCGCCGAACGGUCCUCUUAAAGUUGAAGAUGUUCAUGCUGAAGGUUGCACUCUUAAAUGGCAUCCACCUUCUGACGAUGGAGGCUCUCCAAUUGACGGUUAUGUUGUUGAAAAAAUGGAUGAAAACACCGGACGUUGGGUUCCCGCAGGUGAGACAGAUGGCCCAGAAACAAGUCUUAAUGUUAAAGGGCUUACUCCUGGACAUAAAUAUAAAUUCAGAGUACGUGCCCGUAACAAACAUGGACUUUCAGAACCACUUACUACUCCUCACGCGACGGAAGCUAAAAAUCCGUAUGAUGAGCCUGGUAAACCUGGAACUCCAACCAUUAAAGAUUAUGAUAAAGAUUUUGUUGAACUUGAAUGGACAAGACCAGAAAGUGAUGGUGGAUCACCAAUUGUUGGCUACGUCAUAGAAAAGAAAGAUAAAUACAGUCCCGACUGGGAGAAAUGUGCUGAUGUGGAAGGCGACGUUACUACUGGCAAAGUACCUGAUCUUAUUGAAGGAGUAAAAUAUGAAUUCCGUGUCAGAGCCGUAAACAAAGCUGGACCUGGUGUUCCAAGUGACUCAACAGGACCUCAUGUUGCCAGGCCAAAGAAUCUACCACCCAAAAUUGAUCGUCAUUUCAUGAGUGAUAUCAAAAUCAAAGCAGGCCAAACAUUUGAAUAUGAUGUACCAGUCAUUGGAGAACCUCCUCCAUCUAAAGAAUGGUCACACAAGGAUAAUAUGCUAAUUAACAACGAUCACGUCAAAAUAGUAAAUGAAGACUAUCGAACAAAAUUACGUGUGAUAGAUGCUAAACGCUCACAUACUGGAGAAUAUACUUUAGUUGCUCGUAAUAUUAACGGAAAAGAUACACAUACAGUGAAUGUAACUGUACUUGAUAUACCAUCACCGCCAGAAGGUCCAUUGAAACCAGAUGAGGUUACUAAAAAUGCUAUUACUCUUAGAUGGCGUCCACCAAAAGACGAUGGUGGAUCUGAGAUUACUCAUUAUGUUGUUGAAAAAAUGGAUGCCGAAACAUUACGUUGGGUACCCGUUGGAGAAUGUGCUGGAACAACUAUUCGCGCCGAUAACUUAAUUGAAGGACACGAUUACAACUUCAGAGUCCGAGCCGUAAAUAAGUUAGGUGAAUCAUUACCUUUGGCAACAUCUGCACCAAUUACAGCGAAAGAUCCGUUUGGAAGACCAGAUAAACCUGGACAACCACAAGCCACCGACUGGGACAAAGAUCAUGUCGAUUUGGAAUGGACACCACCAAAGAAGGAUGGUGGAUCACCAAUCACUGGUUAUAUAAUUGAAAAACGACCGAGAUUUGGUCAAUGGGAAAAAGCUGCUGAAGUUCCAGCCGAUGCAACUUCAGGCAGGGUACCGGAUUUAACUGAAGGUGAAGAGUAUGAAUUCCGUGUUAUUGCUGUUAACAAAGCCGGCCCUGGAGAACCUAGUGACGCUUCAGCUCCAGUUAUUGCCAAAGCACGAUUUGUCAAACCUUACUUUGAUCCCACAUAUUUACAAGAUAUUACAGUUCAUGCGGGCAAGAAAUUAGGUUGGAGAAUACCCAUUGAAGCAUCUCCACGUCCAACUUAUGAGUGGACCGUUCAUGGUCAAAAGAUUGAACCAGGAAAUAGAGUCGAUAUGAGUCUUUUCCAAAAUGAAUUGAUAUUUGAAAUUCCUUUCUCCGCUCGUUCUGAUAGCGGACGAUACACAUUAACUAUUAAAAAUGAAUUAGGAGUUUGUUCAGCUGCUGCUAAUGCUACAGUACUUGAUAGACCCAGUCCACCUGAAGGUCCCCUUGAUAUUACAAAGAUUACAAAGGAAGGUUGCCAUUUAGCAUGGAGGUUACCAAAAGACGAUGGUGGCUCACCUAUUUUACAUUACGUAAUAGAAAAAAUGGAUUUGAGCAGAGGAACUUGGUCUGAUGCUGGUAUGAGUACUCAUUUAGUUCAUGAUGUAACAAAAUUAAUACACAAGAAGGAGUACUUAUUCCGUGUGAAAGCAGUAAAUGCUAUUGGUGAAUCAGAGCCAUUGGAAGCGAACAAGAGUAUAAUAGCUAAAAACGAAUUUGAUGAGCCUGAUGCACCUGGAAAACCAGCUGUUACUGAUUGGGAUAAAGAUCAUGUCGAUUUACAAUGGACUCCACCUAAAUCCGAUGGUGGUGCUCCAUUAACAGGAUAUAUAAUUCAAAAGAAAGAAAAGGGUAGCCCAUAUUGGGUUAAUGCAGUUCAUGUACCGCCUAACAAGACUACUGCUACAGUUCCAGAUUUAAUUGAAGGUAAUGAAUAUGAGUUCCGUGUUAUUGCUACAAAUCAAGCAGGCCAGUCAGAACCAUCAGAACCAUCAGAUAUGAUUAUGGCUAAAGCACGGUAUUUGGCACCAAAGAUUAUCACUCCAUUAAAUGACAUUCGUAUUAAAGCAGGACUUAUCUUUCAUAUUGAUAUUGACUUUAUUGGUGAACCAUGCCCAGAAGUUAUUUGGGAUAAAACAAAUGUACCUGUUGAGACAAAUGAAAGAACAACAUUAACAUCUAUUGGUCAUCAUACUGUUAUUCAUACAGUUAACUGCAAUCGUUCAGAUUCUGGUGUUUAUCACUUGCUAUUAAGAAAUGAUUCAGGUAUCGACGAGGGUUCAUUCCAAUUGAUUGUAUUAGACAGACCAGGUCCACCAACUGGACCACUUAAUUAUGAAGAAGUUACAGCUAAUAGUGCAACAUUAUCUUGGAAACCACCUACAGAUAAUGGCGGUUCUGAAAUCACGGCUUACGUAAUCGAGAAACGUGAUCUGACGCAUGGCGGUGGUUGGGUACCAGCUGUUCAAUAUGUUAAUCCCAAAUAUAAUCAUGCCGUUGUUCCUAGAUUAUUAGAAGGAACUAAAUAUGAAUUCCGUGUCAUGGCAGAAAAUUUGCAAGGCAGAUCCGAUCCAUUAACUUCUGAUAAUCCUAUUGUUGCUAAAAAUCAAUAUAAUCCACCUGGCCAGCCAGGAAAACCAGAGUUAGUUGAUAGUGAUAAAGAUCAUAUUCACAUUAAAUGGUCACCACCUAUUAGCAAUGGUGGCUCACCUAUUAUUGGUUAUGACAUUGAGCGUCGGGACAAAGCAACAGGAAGAUGGAUUAAACUAAAUGGAGAACCUCAUCCAAAACCUGAUUUCACAGACGAACGUGUUAGUGAAGGACAUCAAUAUGAAUAUCGAGUGUCAGCAGUUAAUGCUGCUGGUAAUGGUAAACCAUCAGAUCCUUCAGCAAUAUUUACAGCUAAACCAUUGAAAGAAAAACCAAAAUUGUGGCUAGAUGGUUUGGUAGGACGUAAAGUUAAAGUACGCGCAGGUGAACCUGUCAAUAUUACCAUACCAUUAACUGGUGCGCCCACACCAACUGUUGAAUGGACAGUUAAUGGAGGAUUGAAAUUGCCACAAAAUCAUCGUACUUCUACUGACACAAAAUCAGACCAACUUACAUUAAGAAUUGAAAAAUCAGUUCGUUCUGAUGCUGGUACUUAUACAGUUACUGCUUCAAAUGAGCAUGGUAAAGAUUCAGCAGAUAUACAAGUUAUAGUUGUUGAUAAACCAGGGCCACCAGAAGGACCACUUACAUACACUGAAACAACUCAAGAUACCAUUUCAUGCUCUUGGAAUCCACCUAAGGAUGAUGGUGGUGGGGAAAUUACCGGAUAUAUUGUUGAGGUUGCAGAAUUUGGUGUUGAUGAUUGGAAACCAGUUCCCGGAUAUUGUCCUAAAACUUCCUUUACUAUUAAGGGUCUAACAGAAGGCAAAAAAUAUGUUGUUCGUGUUAGGGCUGAAAAUAUUUAUGGUGUAUCAGAGCCAUUGGAUGGUAAGCCCGUUGUUGCUAAAUGUCCAUUUGAUCCACCAGAUGCUCCUAGUCAACCAAAUGUUGUAUCUUAUACUCCAAGCUCUGCCAGCUUAGAAUGGCAUCCUCCAGAAUAUUGUGGUGGCAAACCUAUUACCGGAUAUAUCGUUGAAAAGAGAGAACGAGGUGGUGAAUGGAUAAAAUGUAAUAAUUAUCCAACACCAAAUACAAGCUUUACAGUUCAAGAUUUACGCGAAGGAGGCAAAUAUGAAUUCCGUGUUAUUGCUGUUAAUGAAGCUGGACCUGGCAAACCAAGCAAGCCAUCAGAACCAAUUAUUGCUCAAUUGCAAAGAUAUCGCCCAGAUCCUCCAGAACCUCCAAAACCAGAUCGUAUUACAAAGGAUAGCGUUACUUUGUCAUGGCGUCCACCACGCAAUGAUGGAAAAUCUAAAAUUAAAGGUUACUUCUUACAAAAGAAAGCUAAAGGUGACAAAGAUUGGUCAGAUGUCAAUGAACUACCUAUUAAUAAUACAGUUCACAAAAUACCAAAUCUUAAGGAAGGCGAAGAAUACACUUUCCGUGUUAUUGCCAUGAAUGAUGUUGGAAAAUCUGAUCCUUCAAGGCCAAGUCAACCAAUCGUAAUUGAAGAACAACCUAAUAAACCAUGCUUAGAUUUAGGCGGGGUUAGAGAUAUUACGGUUAGAGCCGGAGAAGACUUUAGUAUUCAUAUACCAUAUACAGGCUUUCCCAAACCAGUUGCAGCUUGGUUUGCUAAUGAUAGGUUAUUAGAUGAUGAUAGUAGAAUAUUCCAAAACUUAACUGACGACGCUGCUAGUAUUGUCGUUAAGAACUCUAAACGUGACGAUUCCGGACAGUAUCGUUUGCAAUUGAAAAAUCCUUCUGGAUUUGAUACGGCUACUCUUAAUGUAAGAGUGUUAGAUCGUCCUAAGCCACCUACGAACCUAAGAGCAGAUGAAUUUGCGGGGGAAUCCUUAACAUUAUACUGGAAUCCACCAAAGGACGAUGGAGGAUCUCCUAUUACUAAUUAUGUUGUUGAGAAACGUGAAGCUCGAAGUCCAACCUGGACCAAAGUAAGCAGCUAUUGUACCACACCAUUUGUUCGAGUUCGCAAUCUUGCAAUUGGCCGAGAGUAUGAAUUCAGAGUUGUAGCUGAAAAUCAAUAUGGUCAAUCCGAUCCAGCUGUAACAGAAGAGCCAAUCAGAGCUAGACAUCCAUUCGACGUACCUGGAGCUCCAGGAACACCCAGGGGAAUAGAUUCUACAGAAGAUUCCAUUACAAUUACAUGGACAAAACCAAGACACGACGGUGGCUCGCCAAUUACUGGAUAUGUCGUGGAAAAAAGAUUACUUUCUGACAAUAACUGGACCAAGGCAACUCAUGCUCUUUGUACAGAUACAACUUGCAAAGUACCUGGAUUGAUAGGAAAUCAACAAUAUGAAUUCAGAGUUUCAGCAGUCAAUGCUGCAGGGCAAGGACCUUAUAGCUCAUCAUCAGACGCCAUUUGGUGUAGAGCACCUCCAAGUGCACCAAAAAUAACUUCUGAUUUAGCCAUUCGUGAUAUGACUGUUAUUGCUGGAGACGACUUUAAAAUUACAGUUCCAUUCACUGCUAAUCCAAGGCCGAAACCAUCAUGGACCGUCAAUAAUAAUGAAGUAUUUCAAGAUGAUCGCAUUAAAUUUGAGACAACUGAUUAUUGUACAAUUUAUCACAAUAAAUGUGCCAAACGGUCUGAAACAGGAUCUUAUACUAUUCAACUUACUAAUUCUGAAGGAACAGACUCAGCAACUUGUCAUGUAACAGUGGUCGACAAGCCAGGAAUACCGGUUGGACCAUUAUCAGCUUAUGAUAUUACACCUGAUACAUGUACAUUAUCAUGGAAACCACCAUUAGACGAUGGUGGUUCUCCUAUUACAAAUUAUGUUGUUGAAAAAAUGGAACCAAGUGGUAUAUGGGUUAAAGUCAGCAGUUUUGUUCGUGGCUGUCAUUAUGAUGUUAUGGGCUUAGAACCUAAUAGGAAGUAUCAUUUCCGCGUACGCGCUGAAAACCAAUAUGGUGUUGGAGAACCACUAGCAACUGAUGAACCUGUCACUGCUUCAUAUCCGUUCACAGUUCCAGAUCCACCAGGACAACCUAGAGUUAUAGAUUGGGAUUCCGGAAACUGCACAGUUAUGUGGGAUAGACCACAUUCAGAUGGUGGUUCACGCAUUCAAGGCUAUAGGAUCGAAUAUCGCGAUGUUGCUGAUGACACACAUUGGAGCAGUGUUGAAUGGCUCAUUAAAGAUACCAAAUAUCAGGUAUACAAUUUAAUAAAUGGUCAUGAAUAUGAAUUCCGCAUAAAAGCAAAGAAUGCAGCUGGUUUCAGUAAACCAUCUCCACCUUCACUUAGAUUCAAACUUAAAGGCAAAUUCACAGUUCCCUCACCACCAGGAACACCUCAAGUUGUCAAAGUUGGCAAAAACUAUGUCGACCUUAAAUGGGAACCACCAGCACAUGAUGGUGGCUCACGUAUUACUGGAUAUAUUAUUGAAAGACGUGACGUUGGUGGUGCAAUUUGGGUUAAAUGUAAUGAUUAUAAUGUGAUGGACUUAGAUUAUACUGUACUUAAUCUAUUUGAAAUGAACGAGUACGAAUUCCGUGUAUCUGCUGUUAAUGCAGCUGGUAGAUCAGAGCCAAGUCUUUGCACAAUGCCAAUUAAAGUAUGUGAAGUUAUUGGUGGGGAGAAACCAGAUUGGGUAACUAGACUUAGAGAUUGCGUAGCACCAAUGGGUAAAUAUCAUAUGCUUUCAUGUAAAGCAACAGGCAAUCCUACACCAGCCGCCAGAUGGUUAAAGAAUGGAAGAGAAAUAACAUUAGGUGGACGUUAUACAGCUGAUGUCGAUAAAGAUGGUAAUUUCAGAUUACACAUUCAAGACGUACAAGCUGGUGAUGAUGGUGAUUACACUUGUGAAGCUCAUAACUCGUUAGGAUUCGUACAUACGACAAGUCACGUUAAAGUAGGAUCCCCUCCAAUCAUUAACAGAAUACCAAAUGAAGUAUAUUGGCCAGAAGGUGAUAAUACUAAAGUUAAAAUAUUUUAUUCUGGCGAUCAACCUAUGGAAGUGACAUUAAACAAAAAUGGACAUCCAGUUGCAGAUUCAGCUCACAUCAGAGUAUCUGUAUUUGACGAUUAUGUCGCCAUUUAUGUUAAAGAUGUGAAUAAAGAUGAUGGUGGUGUAUACACUAUUGAAUUUAAAAACGACAGUGGUACUGCUAGUGGUGUUAUUAACGCAUAUGUAACUGGGCUACCAGGACCACCAACAGGUCCAAUGGGGGUAUCAAGUAUUACUCGUCAUUCAUGUACAUUAAAUUGGCGACCACCAACUGAUAAUGGAGGUCUUAAAAUUAAUCAUUAUGUUGUUGAGCGUAAGGAUGUUUCACUAACACACUGGAUAACUGUUAGCUCGACAUGUAAAGAUUUAAGUCAUGUUGUACAAGGUUUAACAGAAAAUCAAGAAUAUGUAUUUCGUGUCAUGGCCGUUAAUGAUAAUGGAAUGGGCCCACCAUUAGAAGGUUUGAACCCAAUACGUGCUAAAGCACCAUUUGACCCACCAUCACCACCUGGUGUACCAAAAGUAUCUGAAGUUGGUGAUGAUUUUGUACAUUUGGAAUGGGAAAAACCAGAAUCAGACGGUGGGGCUAGAAUCCAAGGUUAUUGGAUUGAUAAACGUGAAGUUGGCAGUAGUACAUGGCAACGUGUUAAUGCAGCAAUAUGCUUGCCAACUCAAAUUAAUUGUCCUAACUUAAUAGAAGGUAGACAAUACGAAUUCCGUGUCUUUGCACAAAAUGAAGCUGGCUUGUCCAAAGAAUCACAAGCAUCAUCCAGCGUUAAAAUUAUUGAUCCAAAAGCUGCCCAGCCGCCAAUUAUUGUUAAACCAUUACGUGACGCUAAUUGCAUUGUGAAUCAUAAUGCUGAAUUCUCAUGCGAAAUAACUGGUGUACCUAAACCACAUAUAACAUGGUAUAAAGGGGCUAGAGAAAUCACAAGUGGUUCAAAAUAUCGUAUUACAUCAGACGGUAAUACUUAUAAACUAACAAUUAUGGAUAUAUUUGGUGAAGAUGCUGAUGAAUAUACAUGUCGUGCAGUUAAUAAAGGCGGUGUUAAAUCAACUAAAGCUUCACUUGCUAUAAUGACUGCACCGAAAUUAAAUGUACCGCCAAGAUUCCGUGAUACAGCCUACUUUGAUAAAGGUGAAAACGUUGUUAUCAAAAUUCCAUUUACUGGACAUCCUAAACCUCGCAUCACGUGGGUAAGAGAAGGUGAACAAAUUGAAUCUGGAGGUCACUAUAAUGUUGAAACAAAAGAACGUCAUGCCGUAUUGACUAUACGUGAUGGCUCUAAAUUAGAUUCAGGUCCAUAUAGAAUAACUGCCGAAAAUGAAUUAGGAUCUGAUACAGCUAUCAUUAAAAUACAAAUUAGUGACCGUCCUGAUCCACCACGUUUCCCAUUAGUUGAGAAUAUUGGUACAGAUUCAUUGUCAUUAAGCUGGAAAGCACCAGUUUGGGAUGGUGGCAGUAAUAUUACAAAUUAUAUGGUUGAAAAACGUGAACACCCAUUAUCCACAUGGAUACGAGUUGGUAAUACACGUUUCACAACAAUGGCUGUUACUAAUUUGACCCCUGGAAAACAAUAUGAAUUCCGAAUUUAUGCUGAAAACGUAUAUGGUCGUUCAGAUCCAUCAGAGAUAAGUACAUUAGUUGCAACAAAAGGUGUUCAAAAACGUAAAGAUAAAGAACGCAAAUAUGAAGUUGAUGAAACUGGCAAAAAAAUACGUGGUAAAGCUGAUGGACCUAUCGGUGAUUAUGAUUCUUAUGUAUUUGAUAUAUAUUCGAAAUAUGUGCCACAACCAGUUGAAAUAUCGCAAGAUAGCGUAUAUGAUAGAUAUGAGAUAUUAGAAGAAAUCGGUACAGGGGCAUUUGGCGUAGUACAUCGUUGUCGCGAACGUGCCACUGGCAAUAUAUUUGCGGCUAAAUUUAUACCCACAGCACAUGCAAUGGAAAAAGAAUUAAUUAGGAAAGAAAUUGAUAUUAUGAAUCAAUUGCAUCACCAAAAAUUGAUCAAUUUACAUGAUGCUUUCGAAGAUGACGACGAAAUGGUCUUAAUAUUUGAAUUCCUAUCAGGUGGUGAAUUGUUUGAGCGUAUCACAGCUGAGGGUUAUUCUAUGACUGAAGCUGAGGUUAUUAAUUAUAUGAGACAAGUAUGCGAAGGUAUACGUCAUAUGCAUGAAAAGAAUAUUAUACAUUUGGAUAUUAAACCGGAAAAUAUAAUGUGCCAAACAAGAAAGAGUACUAAUGUAAAAUUAAUAGACUUUGGAUUAGCAACAAAAUUAGAUCCGAAUGAAGUUGUAAAAAUAUCCACUGGUACAGCGGAAUUUGCCGCACCGGAAAUAGUUAAUCGUGAACCUGUUGGAUUCUAUACAGAUAUGUGGGCUGUUGGUGUGCUAGCAUAUGUUCUACUAAGUGGUCUUUCACCAUUUGCUGGUGACAACGACGUUGCUACAUUGAAAAAUGUUAAAGCAUGUGAUUGGGAUUUCGAUGAAGAAGCUUUCCGUCAUAUAUCUGAAGAAGGAAGAGAUUUUAUCAGACGUUUGUUAAUGGCUAACAAAGAGAAACGUAUGACAGCACAUGAAUGUUUGUUGCAUCCAUGGUUAACUGGUGAUCACAGUGAUCGUACAGAACAAAUAGCCAGAGAAAGAUAUUUGGCAUUCCGUGAUAAACUUCGCAAGAAAUACGAAGACUUUAAUAAAUAUCUUUUACCAAUUGGACGUUUAUCAGAAUACUCAUCAUUACGUAAAUUACUAAUUGAAAAAUACAAAAUAUAUGAUACAUCAUUUGAUAGAAGACAAGCAGCACCAAGAUUUGUUAUUAGACCACAAUCACAAUUCUGUUAUGAAGGUCAAUCAGUUAAAUUUUAUUGUCGUGUUAUUGGUAUUGCGACACCAACGUUAUAUUGGUAUCAUAAUAAUCAAGAAUUACGACAAAGUGUUAAAUUUAUGAAACGUUAUGCUGGUGAUGAUUACUACUUUAUUAUUAAUCGUGUUAAGUUACAAGAUCGUGGUGAAUAUAUAAUAAGGGCUGAAAACCAUUAUGGUUCACGUGAAGAAGUUGUUUUCUUAAAUGUACAUCCAUUACCAAAAGAAACACCGGUAUAUAAACCAGAAGAACAACCAAUUAGAAGACGUGAACCAUUACCAUAUCAAUUUUGGCAAGAAGAAUCCGAAACUGCACCCAGUUUUACAUUCCUAUUACGUCCACGUGUUAUGCAGGCACGUGAUACAUGUAAAUUGUUAUGUUGUUUAAGUGGUAAACCAGUUCCAACCGUUAAAUGGUACAAAGAAAAUCGUGAAUUGAAUAAAUAUGAAUAUUCAAUGACACAUUCAGAUGGUGUUGUUACAAUGGAAAUUGUUGAUUGUAAACCAUCUGAUUCUGGUAAAUAUCGUUGUGUUGCUACUAAUUGCCAUGGUACUGAUGAAACCGAAUGCGUUGUUAUUGUUGAAGGUGAAUGGGUUACUCCUGAGCAGGCUCAACUUGCUCAUAAGUUCUUAUACUCUGGAGAUCGCAAAUAUAUUGAACAACCUUUGAAGCCAGCUCCACCACCAAUAAUAACAAGAACACUAGUGACAAAGAAUCAAGAAGGUACAUCGUCACCUAGCAAGACUGUAAAUAAAGACUCAAGUUCCUCAAGCAUUUCCGACAGUAGCAAUAAGAAAAGAUAUGGAAGAUUAAACUCAAAUGUUAAUGGUAAUAGAUCAAGAAGUGCGACAAAAGAAUUAAUACAUCCACCCGAUGAUGCAUCAAUGGUUAAACCAGAAUUUACAAAACAAUUACAAGAUGUAACAAUAUUAGAUGGAGAACAAUUGUUAUUAAGUUGUAUUGUAAAAGGUGAUCCGGAACCGCAAAUAACAUGGCAUAAAAAUGGUAAAGCGAUAUCAUCAUCUGAAGUUGUAGAUCUUAAAUAUAAAAAUGGUAUUGCAACAUUAACAAUACAUGAAGUUUUCCCAGAAGAUGAAGGUGUAUAUACUUGUACAGCAACAAAUUCAAUGGGUUCAAUUGAAACAAAAUCAAAAUUAACAAUUAAACCAAUGGCAAAAGAUUCAACAAAACGUCAAACAGGUGCUGAUAAACCACCAAAAAUUGUUAGCCAUUUAGAAUCACGUUUUGUUAAAGAUGGUGAAUGUGUUACAUUAGCAUGCCGUAUUAUUGGUGCUGAACGUUUUGAUGUUGUAUGGUUACAUAAUAAUAAAGAAAUUAAACCAUCAAAAGAUUUUCAAUAUACAAAUGAAGCAAAUAUAUAUAAAUUACAAAUAGCAGAAAUAUUCCCAGAAGAUUCUGGUACAUACACAUGUGAAGCAUUUAAUGAUGCUGGUGAAUCGUUCAGUACAUGUACAAUAAAUGUAUUAGUACCUGGUGAAGAUGCUAAACAACCACAAUUUAUCAAAUUUCCAACAUCUGUAACAUGUAUUGAAAAAGAGAAAGCAACAUUUGAAUGUGAAUUAAGUGAGGAACCACUACAAUUAACAUGGUUAAAAGAUGGUAAACAAAUUGAUGAAACAAGUCAACGUUAUAAAUUCUUAAAGGAUAAUAGUAAAUAUAAAUUUGAAAUCAUCAAAUGUGAAAUGACAGAUGUUGGACAAUAUCAAGCUAAAGCAAUUGGUAAAAAAGGUGAAACUUUUGCUUCAUUUUCAAUAAAUGUUUAUACGACUGAUUCAUAAAAAAUUUUUUUUUAUAUGAAAAUAAUAAAAAUAUUUAUAUAUAUAUAAAAAAUAUAUGUAUAUGUACAUUUAUAUGUAUACAUAUAUAUAAUUGUUGUAUUAAAAAAAACCAAUUUAAUUUAAUUAAAGAAAGUUAAUAGUUAAUAUAAAAAAUAACACAUAUUUAAAUAUAUAAAAAAAAAACAAAAAAAAAAGAAAAUAGCUUAAAUUUUUAAAAUUUAUUGUAAAAUAACUUAAAAUUACACUCUUUUUUCUUUUUCUAUGUAUACAAAACUAAACAAAACAAAAAUUAUAUAAUAUGUUAUAUAUAUAAAUUUAUCUCUAUUUCUGUUUAUAUUUUCCCAUAUGAUUCUGUCUCCUUCCCCUUCUAUCUCUCUAUUCUUCAUUUCGAAUUUAAUUUAUUUGUUUAAUUACCCAUUUUUAUAUUUUUCAAAAUUUCCAUAUUUAAUAUUCCACCCACUUCCUUUCACCUUUUCCUCCCUUUAUUUUAUUAAUUCUUUUUUUUACACAAUACAUACUCAUAUUACUACUAUAUAUGAAAUAGGGAUACAAUUUUUGAUACAAAAAAAAAAAAAAAUGAAAAAAAAAAUUUUUAAUUAAUUAGUCCAUUCAAAAGAAAAAAAAUGUACACAAUAUUACAUGAAACAAACAAAAAAAUUUUGACACUAAUGGCAAGAAUACUUUACACUCAUAUUAUUUAUUAUUGUUAAUUUACUAUAACUGUGUUUUGUGUGAUAAUAAAAUUCAAAUAUAUUUCAUAUAAUUGUAUUUAUUGCAUAAUAUGAUAAGUUAUGUAAUCUGAAAAAUAAACAAUUACACACAAAAUUGAGCUUUGUAAAUUUUAUGUGAAUCAAACAUCAAAAACAAAUUAUAAAUAAUAUGUAAUUAAUUAUAUUAAUAUGAUUCUAAUUUGGUAUAUCUAAAAAAAAUUAAUAAUGUUAUAUAUAUACCAUGUGAUAUAUAUAAAUACAUAUACGAAAAAAAAUUGAAAUUUGAAAGAAAAAUUUCAUAUUAUUUUGACUGUAAAAAGAAAAAAUUUUUUUCCUUUUUUUUUUUGUUUUUUUUUUUUGCUUAUUUCAUAUACAAUUAAUAUAUCGUGAACAUUAUAUAUAUAUAUAUUAUUUUAAAAAAUCAUUGCAAUUACCAUCAGUACAGAAAACCCUUUUCUGUUCGCGUGUGUCUGCAAUUUAUAAUGGUUAUAUAAUUAUUAUAUUUGUAAGUAGAACUCUUUCUCUAGAAAUAUUUUUUUUUAUAGUUUUGUCUAAAAAUAUCAAGACAAGCUCAUUACUAAAAAAGAUUUAAUUAUUUAAUUUUAUUCCAACAUUUGAAUUAAAAAGAAAUUUAUUUUAAAAUUAUACACACGUAAUAUUUAAUUAUAUAAUAAUUAUCAAAUAUUGUAUAUGAAAAUAAAUAAAAAAAGAAAAGAAAAAAAAGUAAAACACCUUGUCCUCUCGUCGGUAAAAUAAAAGUUAUUUACAACUUUAAUUAUUUUGUAAAUUUAUAAAAACAAAGAGAAAUACAUAUGUAUAUUUUUAUAUUUAUUAAUAUGUAUAUGUAUAUAUUUAUACGUUAUUUUUAUGAAAAAAACAAAAAAACCGGUUAUAUAAAAAUAACACAAAAAAAAAACUCGAAUUUAUAAUUUUAAUCGACCUGUCGUUCUUUAUUUUCAUUCGGCAAAAGAAAACAUCAAACGAAAUACAAUACAAACAACAAAACAUAAUUACACGUUCAAUUUUUUAUUAUAUAAAAAAAAGAGAAAGAACGAAAUUAAAAUAAAAAAUAAACCGACAGGAUUUUUUUUUUAAAUCAAUAAAUAAAGUAUUUAUAGACAACAUUACUGAUAUUUAAAAAAAUUUACUCAAAAUUAAAAAAAAAAAAAUAGUCAAAUAAUUAUCUUUUUUUUUGUACAAACAACUUUUUUACCUCUUUCUAUUUUACUCUUCUUUUUCACUAUCAACUUCCACAAAUUUUAUUUUCAAAAUUUCAUUUUGAUAUCGUGUCCUUAUAUAAUUUUCAAAUCGCAAUUUGUUCAUUAAAAAUAUUCAGCAAAAAAAGAAAAAAAAAAUGAAAAAAGAAAGCAGCAUCCUCAACUAAAAAUUAAAAUCAACAACAACAGCAUCUUUCUUUUGAUUUUUUUUAUUCAUUGUUUUAUAUAUUACUAUAAAGAACAAUUGCAUGAAUAAAUAAAAAAUGACAAAAAUAUUGUGUGAUUUUUGCUCUAAUUUUGUGAAUUCUAAAAAUCCAUUUAAUUCUUGAGUAAAUUUUUAGCGUACCGUUAUUUAUAGUUUUAAAAAAAAGUAAAUGAAAAAAUAGAAAAAUGAAUGAUUUUACGAAUACAAAAAAAAAAAAAACAAAAAGUGGAAGAAAAGAAAAUUAAAAAAUCAAUAAACAAAAUUUUGAUUAAGAAUACAAAAUGUUUAUAUUUGUUUCUCAAAUAAAAAAAACUCCAGUGCAAGUUAAAAAAAAAAGAAAUUAACAUAAAUAACGAAAAAAAACUUAAAUUUCAAUUUGAAAUAAAAAAAAUUAGAAAAUAAAACAAAAAUAAAAAAAUAUGAAAUUUAAUAACAUACACUAACUACAAAAGAAGAUGAAAAAAAAAUAUUGACAAUUAAACAAUUUAUUCUUUUCUUUCCAACUACACAAAAACAGCACAUAAAAACUUUUUCAAAUAAUUUUGAAAAUAAACGAAAUAAAAAAAACCACUUUUUAUUUAAUUAAAUGAAUUUUAAAUUUCAUUUUAUUUUUGUAAAACAUCGAAAGAAAUAAAAAAAUAUAGGUGAAAAUUUUAUAAUUUUUUAUAAUUAUUAAAAUAUUUUUUGUGUGUCUUUUCUUUAAACGUACAAUCUGUACCCUGCAGUUAGUACUUUCAUUUGUUAUAAUAAUUUCUAGAUGAGCAUAAAAUUUCAAAAUAUAAAACUUAUAAAAAUUAUUCCUUUAUUUAUUGGAGAGGAAUUGAAAAUGAAAAUAAAAUAAAAAAAAACCAAAAAAAAAAGGCAAUUAGAAAAUUUUAAAAAUAAGAUGGUGACUUAUUUAUAUUCUAAUGCUAUUUUUUUUAUAUUUUUAUAAUUGUUGUAUAUUUGACAACAAGAAACCA